AUAAUUAGUUAUUAUCGGAAAGAAAACAGAAUUAGUUACGCUUAACCAAUAACGUAUGCACAAAGUAUAUUUUCUGAAGAGUCUGGUAUUUGAAAUUCAUAAAAAUGACAGUCUAUAUAGAUGAUUGUACCCAUAUUGUGCGUAAUUGCAUGUUAUGCCUAAGGCUAAGAAGAAAUCUUACCUUAAAAAGGUAAGAGAAAUGCGAGAAUAUAGACGACAAAAAUUAAGAUCAGAAACAUUAGAAGAACGUGCUAUUAGAUUAUAUUCUGCUGCUGAAAGAAUGAAGAACGCCAGGGCAAAAGAAACAGAAGAGCAGGCAGCAAUAAGAAGAAUGCAAGAAGCUCAGCGUAUGGCUAGGCAUCGUGCUAAAAAGAAGCGUUGCUUAGAUGAAAAUUUAGCAAGAGAAAUUUCCAAAAUUGCUGAAUUGUCAAAAAUGCCAGAUGCAGCAACGAUAGCUCAAAUGUCAGAAAUGAAUAUGAAUAAAAUUUCUGCAGAAUUAAAACAAAUGAUGGAAAGAGGAAAAGUCCCAGAACAUAUAGUUCAAAUGGCUCAACUUGCUGAAUUUAGCAAAAUGACUGAAUUAAAUAAAAUGUCUCAGGAUAUGGCUAAGAGAUACGAGAUGGAAAAAAUGGCAGAAUAUGCUAAAACAACAGAAUACAUGAAGAUGCAAGAAAUUGCAAAAAUGUCAGAAAUUGCCAAAAUGAAUGAAAUGGUGAAACUUUCUGAAAUGGCUAAAUACAAUGAUAUCACAAAAAUUAAUGAAAUCGCGAAAAUGAAUGAAAUGAUGAAAAUGUCUCAAAUGGCAAAGAUUAAUGAAGUUCAAAGAAUGAAUGAAAUAGCCAAACUUAAUGAAAUGGUAAAAAUGACAGAAAUGGCAAAAUAUAAUAAUGAUAUAACCAAAUUAAAUGAAAUUGCGCAAAUUAAUGAGAUGGCUAAAGAAAUUGCAAAAAUGAAUGAAAAAACAAAAAUGAAUGAAAUGAUUAAAAUGGCAAACAUGCAGAACGAUAUUACAAAGAUGCCUGAAUAUUCGAAAAUGGCAGAAAUGGCAAAAUUAACUGAGUUGGCUAAAUUAAAUGAAAUAACAAUAACAAAAUUAAAUGACCCACCACCACCAAAGGUACCAGAAAUUCCACGAAUUCCUGAACCUGUGAUCACUGUGCCAAACCCAAGAAAUUUGCAAAAUGUUCAAACUGUUCAAGUAGCACAGGCCAGCCCAUCCAGUACAAUAAAUUUUCCUACUGUGCCUGGUCAGGGCAAAUAUGCUCAGUUAUUGGUUAUUAUUGAAGAGCUUGGAAGAGACAUACGCCUUUCUUACGCUGGAAGUCGCAGCGCAGCUGAACGCUUGAAGAUGGGUAUUCAGCAUGCUAGAAUUCUUGUACGGGAAUGUCUAUUGGAAACAGAACAUAACGCACGGCAAUGAUCUGCCGACAUACUUAGCGAUUAGAUUUUUAGUCGAUUAUUUUACAAAGUAAUAAUAUGUACAUUGUAUGAAGUACAGCAGUAUAUUUUAA